GUUACCAUGUGAUCGCUGCCCAGCUCGGCUUUUGGCUCCUCCCACACCGGUGACUGAUCACAUGAUCCUAUCGACGUCACCGAAGGUCCUGUCCUGCUCAUCUUCCUGGUUGCGGCGCUGUCACCGGUUCUGUAGACAUGGACCGCUUCUCGUGGUGCUCGGGGCUGCUGGAAAUAGACGAGACCCUGGUGAUCCAGCAGCGGGGAGUGCGCCUGUCAGACGGGGAGGACAAGAGCAAGUUUGAGUCGGGCACACUUCUCCUGACAACCCACAGGCUUAUGUGGCGAGACCAGAAGAAUCAUGAUUUCUGUAUUGGAAUUCCACUAUCUCAGAUUGUUUUCUCAGAAGAACAAGCGGGGGGAAUUGGGAAAAGUGCCAAAAUUGUUGUCCAUCUUUACUCUGCAUCUCCGAACAAGGAACCUGGACCAUACCAAACCAGCCGCUACUCAUAUGUCAAGUUGUCUUUUAGAGAACAUGGUCAAAUUGAGUUUAAUCGACGAUUGUCUGAGGAGCUGACACAGAAGAGGUGGGAGAGGGAAUCACCCGCUAUUCAGAUGAGAAAAGGUCCUCAGGCAGGGAGAAUAAAAGCUGUCGGGAUUGUAGGCAUCGAGAGGAAGCUGGAAGAAAAAAGAAAAGAGACUGACAAAAACAUUUCCGAGGCCUUUGAAGAUCUCAGCAAGCUUAUGGAAAAGGCCAAGGAAAUGGUGGAACUGUCCAAAUCGAUAGCUAACAAAAUCAAAGACAAACAGGGAAACAUCACCGAAGACGAGACAAUAAAGUUUAAGUCCUACCUACUGAGCAUGGGAAUUGCCAAUCCAGUGACACGGGAAACCCACGGAUCUGGCACACACUACCACAUGCAGCUCGCAAAACAGCUUGCCACAAUGUUACAGACCCCUCUGGAGGAACGAGGAGGCAUAAUGUCGCUUACCGAAGUAUACUGCUUAGUAAAUCGAGCCAGAGGCAUGGAGUUGCUUUCUCCAGAGGAUUUGGUCAAUGCCUGCAAAAUGCUUGAGCCCCUGAAACUUCCACUGCGGCUUCGUAUUUUUGAUAGUGGUGUUAUGGUAAUUGAGCUUCAAUCUUACAAUGAAGAGGAAAUGGUUGCUGCUGCUUUAGAAACGGUAUCUGAAAGGGGUUCACUGACUUCUGAAGAGUUUGCCAAGAUUGUUGGAAUGUCUGUUUUGUUGGCCAAAGAAAGAUUGCUUCUUGCUGAAAACAUGGGGCAUCUCUGCCGCGAUGAUUCGGUCGAGGGUCUGCGCUUCUAUCCAAACCUGUUCUUGACGCAGAGUUAAACAUUUGUAGGAGAUACGUGAACAGUGGUGGGGAAGAGAAGAAUAUGACACAGAUUUCAUCCAUCAGAGUACAAUUCCUCCAUGCAGAAUUAUCAUUAAAAGAGGAUUGGAGACCUUCUAAGCACGGGGUUGGCCAUAGACUUCAUAGAAGUGUCCUCCGUGACAGCAGUAAACACAUCUCAUACAAAAAUUUUGAUUAAUUAGACAAAAACCUCAAAUGAUCUAACAUAACAUAUUAUAGAGAUUUGUCAAAACUAUUGCUAGCAAAACGUAAAUGUACAAAAUGUCCCAUUUCGUGGCUGUUAUCAUUUCCUUGUGUCUUCUUAAAGAAGAGAACUGAAUAUAGAUUGGUUUACAAGGGAAA